AUGGCAGCUGCGGGGGCACCGGCCGCGGGCAAGCAGGUGCUCGACACGGGCUGGCUCGCCGCGCGCUCCACCGAAGUGGCCCUCACCGGCGUCGAGCUCACCACCACCCACCCGCCGUCCAGCUCCGCCGCAGCCCCGUGGAUGCACGCCGCCGUCCCCGGAACCGUGCUGGGGACCCUUCUCAAGAACAAGCUGAUCCCUGACCCCUUCUACGGGCUGAACAACGAGGCGAUCAUCGACAUUGCAGACUCCGGGAGGGAGUACUACACAUUCUGGUUCUUCACCACCUUCCAGUGUGCUCCGGCAGGAAAUCAGCACGUGAGUUUAAACUUCCGUGCAAUAAACUACUCAGCAGAAGUGUACAUAAAUGGGCACAAGGAGGUGCUUCCGAAAGGAAUGUUCCGGAGGCACACCCUUGAUAUCACUGAAGUUCUGCAUCCUGAUGGCACCAACCUGCUUGCUGUCCUCGUCCAUCCUCCUGAUCAUCCUGGUACAAUUCCUCCUCAGGGAGGCCAGGGUGGUGAUCACGAGAUUGGGAAAGAUGUUGCCACGCAGUAUGUUGAAGGAUGGGAUUGGAUGUGCCCGAUAAGGGAUAGAAACACUGGAAUCUGGGAUGAAGUGUCAAUUUGCGUAACUGGGGCUGUGAAGAUAACUGACCCCCAUCUGGUUUCAACUUUUCAUGACGAUUUUAAGAGAUCUUACCUACAUUGUGCACUUCAGUUGGAGAACAAAAGUUCAUGGCUUGCAGAUUGUACAUUGAAAAUCCAGGUCUCAGCUGAACUUGAAGAGGAUAUUUGUUUGGUGGAACAUCUUCAGAGUUUUGCCAUAUCAAUUCCUCCUAGUUCAGUUCUUGAAUACACCAUUCCUCCUCUAUUCUUCUAUAAGCCAAACUUGUGGUGGCCAAAUGGCAUGGGAAAGCAAUCCUUGUACAAUGUUGAAAUUAGUGUGGAUGUUAAAGGAUUAGGAGAGUCCGAUGCAUGGAGUCAUUAUUUCGGGUUCCGUAAGAUUGAGAGUACCAUUGAUGGUUCCACUGGUGGAAGGAUCUUCAAGGUAAAUAGUGAGCCUAUUUUCAUCCGAGGAGGGAACUGGAUAUUGUCAGAUGGCCUGCUUCGAUUAACAAAGAAGCGAUAUAUGACUGAUAUCAAGUUCCAUGCUGAUAUGAACUUCAAUAUGCUUCGCUGUUGGGGUGGUGGAUUAGCAGAGAGGCCUGAUUUUUAUCAUUUUUGUGAUGUAUAUGGUUUGAUGGUAUGGCAAGAAUUCUGGAUAACUGGAGAUGUUGAUGGCCGUGGAGAUCCAGUAUCAAACCCAGAUGGUCCUUUGGACCAUGCUCUCUUCCUUCUGUGUGCUAGAGAUACAGUCAAGUUACUCAGGAAUCAUGCUAGUCUAGCUCUAUGGGUUGGUGGUAAUGAGCAAGUCCCACCAGUUGACAUUAACAAAGCACUGAAGAAUGAUUUGAAGCUACAUCCGAUGUUUUCCAGUAAUCCGAAAACAAAAGAUCAAGGUAAAUAUCUAUCCCAAGACUCAACUGACCCAAGCAAAUACCUGGACGGUACUAGGGUGUAUGUUCAAGGAUCAAUGUGGGAUGGUUUUGCCGAUGGCGAGGGUGACUUCAGUGAUGGUCCAUAUGAGAUCCAGUAUCCAGAGAGCUUUUUCAAGGACAGUUUCUACAAAUAUGGAUUCAACCCGGAAGUUGGUAAUGUGGGCGUUCCAGUCGCUGCGACUAUUAGAGCAACCAUGCCUCCAGAAGGAUGGAGCAUUCCGAUCUUUAGGAAGGGAAUUGAUGGGUACAUAAAAGAAGUCCCAAACCCGAUAUGGGAUUACCACAAAUACAUUCCCUACUCAAAACCAGGGAAGGUCCAUGACCAAAUUGAACAAUACGGCCAUCCAACAGAUCUUGAUGAUUUCUGUGAAAAGGCACAAUUGGUCAACUAUGUUCAGUACAGAGCACUCCUAGAAGGAUGGACUUCUUUCAUGUGGACAAAAUUCACAGGUGUUUUAAUUUGGAAGACACAAAAUCCAUGGACCGGACUACGUGGACAGUUCUAUGAUCACCUCCAAGAUCAAACUGCUGGGUUUUAUGGUUGUCGUUGUGCUGCUGAGCCAAUUCAUGUCCAAUUGAAUUUGGCCAGUUACUACAUAGAGGUAGUUAACACUAAGUCGGAUGAACUUAAAGACGUGGCUGUAGAAAUUCAAGUAUGGGAUCUUGAUGGUACAUCCCCAUAUUACAAAGUUACCGAGAAAAUAGUGAUACCGCCAAAGAAAGUGAAGAAAAUUAUGGAGAUGGAAUACCCUAAGAUGAAGAACGCCAAGCCUGUCUAUUUUCUACUACUUAAACUCUUCAGGCUGUCAGAUAAGGAAGUACUUUCCAGAAACUUCUAUUGGCUGCAUCUUCCUGGGAAAGACUACAAGUUGUUGGAAGAGUAUCGGCGGAAGAUGAUUCCGCUCGAGAUUGGGUCCGAAAUUUCUGUAUCAGGCUCUACAUACAAGGUAAGAAUGUCUGUGCAGAACAAGUCAAAGAAACAGGCAACAGAAAGCGCAACCUCUGUCUCAACUAUGCAACUACAUGAUAGAAAUGGUUUCCACAGCAUUGGCCGAGAAGCUACUUCCGAGGUACAGGGAAUUGGCAGCCUCUGGAGCAAAAUAUGCAGAGGAACCGAUGUGGCAAAAUCAGAUGACAGCCUGCGAAGAGUUGAGGUGAACGGGACCGAUUCAGGCGUCGCGUUUUUCCUUCAGUUUUCUGUGCACACCUCUGAAUCAUCCACCCAGGAGAAUUACAAUUACAAGGACACGAGAAUCCUUCCAGUUCACUACUCAGACAACUAUUUCUCGCUCACACCAGGGGAGAAGACGACUGUCGACAUCUCCUUCGAGGCUCCGGAGGGCUCCAAGCCCAUGGUAAUUCUCAGAGGCUGGAACUAUCAUCUGAACCAUACCAUGACGAUGUGAGGCGUGCUUUGUCUGUGAAAAAUGCAGUUGAGUCGAGGAGUGGAAUAAGAUCUGUGUAAAAUAAGCACAUCGAUCUCUAAUAAAGUGCAGACAUGAAAUCGACGGUGAAAAUGUCAGGGAACCAAGUUGUAGGUGAACAUGAUAUUUUUUUUUUAAAAAAAUGCUAUUCCAAUGUUUGAGAAAAAAUGAAAUACUUCAAGCAUGUACAUAUUACCUUGAUACUUACUUGAGCAAAUUUCCGACAAGUGACAUGCAUUCGAUCUAAUCAUA